UCAAAACAAAGAUGGCAGAUCCAGUAGUUUCACUUUUCGUUGGAACCGGUUUAAGUGAACAAAAAGCGAAAGAAACUUUGAAAAAUGACACAGUUACUCAAAAUUUAAAGAGUGCAAUCGAACAGGUAGGGAAAGUGUCAACAGACUUGAAGACGGAUAAGGAUGUUGGUAAACUUCUUUAUCAUGUGGCAACCAAAUUGAAGGCUCGUAAAUACCAGAACCAUAUUGUGGGAUAUAUUGCAGCCAAAAAGAUAACUUCAGAAAACCAGUUAAAUGCUGCUUUUGAUUAUUUCAAACAUUUUCCUUUGGAGCCUGUUGAUUGGUCAACCUUUGAACAGGAAUGUGGUGUGGGCGUGGUUAUAACACCAGACCAGGUAGAAGCUGCUGUUGAAGAUGUGAUUGCCAAACACAAGUCUGGGCUACAGGCUCAGAGAUACAGAUAUAACAUGGGGGUUAUCAUGGGUGAGGCCCGAAGCAAGUUGAAGUGGGCUGAUGGAAAGGCUAUUAAGCAUGAAGUAGAUAUGCAGGUGUUAGAUCUACUUGGUCCAAAAACACCUGAAGAUUUAGAGAAACCUGCAAAGCAAAAGAGUGCCAAGCCUCCCAAAGACCAGGAGAAUACAAAGAAGAAGGAGCAGAUAAAAGAAUCACCUUCUGUUGAAAAUUUUCUAGGCCAAGACGGAGAAGUGAAGAGUUUCACAGAGGUGAUGGGAGAAGCCCUGAAAUUCCAUAAACCAGGUGAGAACUACAAGACACCUGGCUAUGUGAUCACUGAUAAAACUAUGCAGUUGAUGCAAGAACAUCUCAAGACUACUGGGGGCAAGGUGUACUCCAGAUUCCCACCAGAACCAAAUGGAAUUUUACACAUUGGACAUGCUAAGGCCAUUAACUUCAACUUUGGAUAUGCAAGGGCAAAUGGAGGGAACUGCUACCUCAGAUAUGAUGAUACCAAUCCUGAAAAAGAGGAGGAAAAAUUCUUCACAGCCAUCAGAGAAAUGGUGGAAUGGCUUGGUUAUAAACCAUGGAAGGUUACCCAUGCUUCGGAUAAUUUUGACAAACUGUACGAGUAUGCAGUGGAGCUCAUUAGACGAGGUCAUGCUUACAUAUGUCACAUGAGGUCCGAGGACAUUAAAGGGUUCAAUCCUCCAGACUCCCCCUGGAGGGAUAGGCCGAUUGAGGAAUCACUGCAGUUGUUUGAGGAUAUGAAGAAUGGUAAGAUACAGGAAGGGGAUGCAACACUGCGUAUGAAGACAACACUGGAGGAAGGAAAGAAGGACCCUGUGGCUUACAGAAUCAAGUUUGCUCCACAUCAUAGGACUGGAGACAAGUGGUGUAUCUAUCCAACAUACGACUUCACCCAUUGUCUAUGUGAUUCCAUUGAGAACAUAUCACACUCAUUGUGUACAAAAGAAUUUCAGUCAAGACGAUCAUCAUACUAUUGGCUGUGCAAUGUUUUGGACCUGUACUGUCCAGUACAGUGGGAAUAUGGCAGGCUAAAUCUCAACUAUACUGUGGUAUCCAAACGAAAAAUUGGAAAACUCAUCUCAGAAGGAUGUGUACGGGAUUGGGAUGACCCUCGACUGUUCACACUAACAGCUUUACGAAGGAGAGGGUUUCCACCAGAGGCAAUCAAUCUAUUCUGUGCAAAAGUUGGGGUCACUAUGGCCCAAACAGUAAUAGAUCCAGUUAUGUUAGAAUCUUGUGUUAGAGAUGUGCUCAAUCUGAAGGCGCCAAGGUGUAUGGCAGUAUUGGAUCCACUCAAAGUGACAAUUGUUAACUUCCCAGGAGAUCACUCAGGGGAGAUAAGUGUGCCAGAUUUCCCUGCCGAUGAGUCAAGAGGCUCUCACAGGAUACCAUUUGGAAAAACUUUAUUUAUAGAAAGAUCUGAUUUUAGGGAAAAAAGUGAUAAGAACUACAAACGUUUUGCUGUUGAUCAGCCAGUUGGUUUACGACAUGCAGGUUAUGUGAUAGCUGUGGAAUCAGUGAAAAAGGAUAGCAGUGGCAAUAUAUCAGAGAUAUUAGUAAAAUGUACAAAAUCUUUGGAAGGUGUUAAACCUAAAGGUGUAAUACAGUGGGUGUGCAAUCCAGAAAUAUGUGAAGUUAGACUGUAUGACAGAUUGUUUCACCAUAAAAGCCCAGAGGAUCCCAGUGAAGUUCCAGGAGGGUUUUUAAAUGAUGUUAAUAGGGACUCCCUCCAGGUUAUACCCAAUGCCUAUCUUGAUAGUUCAGUGAAAGGUGCUAAAUUCCUAGACAAGUUCCAGUUUGAAAGGAUAGGAUUCUUCAGUGUGGAUACUGACACAACAGCUGGCAAGAUUGUGUUUAACCGCACAGUUACAUUGAAAGAGGACAAGGAUAAAAACUAAACAGAUCCAAAUUCAGAUAUGACAGUAUAAACCUGUUAUGAUGGAGAAUAACAGCAUAUAUAAAUUCACCACCUUGUCAUUCACUUUACUCACAGUCACAUGGUGAAGAAGACUUCAAAAGUGCUAUACAAUUAACUUAUCAGAUAUAUAUUUAUUUAUUUUAAACAAACCUUUUAAAGAUAGACAUGUAGUUCUGUAUGGUGUAAUAACGGGAGCCAGACAUAACCUCUCCUAGACCAAACCUCUCCUGCUGAUUUUUCAUGAAGCAGAAAAAAAACCUGUCGUUCAUAGAGAUAUCAUAAUUAGCAUUAUUUUUAUAUUACAGCAUCCAAAACUGUUUGUAAACCUUACUGUAUAGAUAGCGAAUGUUUUUUGGGAGGGGUUUUGUCAAUUUACUGAAAAUUCUGCAAAUAUGGUUCUGUCUGGGAGGGCCUUUUUUCCUACACUUGUUAUAACAGCGCAUUUUGUAUCCAUUAAAGACUCAUUUGUGACAUAUAAAACUUCGAUCUGCAAACUUCAUAUUUAUGACUGGUAAAGGUUUCUUUGACAAUAAAACUUAACAAUAUUCUUAUAGCCUAACAUACUGUAAAAUACUGCUGUUUUUUUUAAUUUUAUGAAAGAAAGAAGUAUUAACUGAUUGAUAUUUAUAUUAAGCUUAUAGGGGAAACAUGUUAACCAUUUUUGUUUGGAAAACAACUACCUUCAGUUAAUUCACUAAGGUUAUGAGGCUGGGGCAACUUACUUGUUACUAAAUGGCUAAAAUGUUUUAAUGGACAUGAGUUUACUCAAAUGGCAGUAUGCAUCUUACUCGUGCAAACUUCGUAUAAAUUAAAUAAUUUGCAGAAACUAUUUAACAAUCAUGUAUUUAAAGACUUUUGUAUAAGUCUUUUAAAAUCAUUCUUUCUAAUAAUAAUGUGAUGAAAUUUUGUAUUAUGGAUUACAUGCUUUCUUUGUAGUUUAUCAGUUAAUGUACAAAGUUUGAGAUUUGUUUUUGUUUCAAAAAAUUAAGUUUUAUGAUAAACAAGAACAGGCAGUUUUAAAAGUGCUCAUUCUUUCAUAAAUAAAUUUAAUUAGUAUAAAACAAACCCCAGUGUGUUAUAAGUUACAUAUUUUAUGCAUCUUUUUUAUAGAUAUAUGUGCUGUAUACAAAAGAAAUAAAAGAAUGAUUGUC